UUGCUUUCCCAUGUGAUUACCGUGGAAGGAAAGUCUCUCGAUGGUAAAUACCCCCCGAAAAAUCGUGCAAAAAAGGGGAGAAAUGGCCGCUUCAACCGCGAGGUCCACCACGUGUUUUUAGUCAGUGUUUUAUGGAAAUAAUUGUACUUAUUCCCAUUGAUUACAUGUUUUUUCUCUGGACAAAGGAGUUUGUGUCGCCUGAGGGGAAUACUUCAUCGCUCUGACUGCCCGCCUCGGCAAGAUAAUGCCCGGGCCCUCCCACGCCCCAGCCCCCCAAAAGAAUCUCCUCUAAACCCCUGAAGCCCCCUCGCACCCCCGAAAAUGGCCUCGACAAGUGCCCACAAGCGCACGGGCUCCAACUCCAGCAUGUUCACCCACAAGCGCACGGAGUCGGGCUCGGGUUUCAUUCCCCACAAGCGCCCUGAGACCGGCCACCGUCGAGCCGAGAGUAUCUCCAGUGCCUUUGGCCACAAACGCCCCGAAUUCGGCCACAAGCGCAACGGCAGUGGCAGCAUCUUCGGUCAGAAAAGAUCGGAAUCAGCGAGCCACUACUAUCCCGGCCACCGUCGCAACGAGAGUAUGUACGCAAUGACGGGCCUCUACGCCGAGAGCACGGGAAACAGUCAGUCAGUGGGACUGGACCUUCUCCCACCGAACGACGGAAGACUGACCCACGACACAGUAAUAAGAUGUCACAGCAGAAAUCCCAGUUCAGGUCUCGUGGACCACCGUGACUUCAUCAUCAAGUGUCACAGCAGAAAUCCAAGUGCUUCAUUCGUCGAUAAACCCGAGAAGGAGAGGGCCCACACACCCCCCAUGAACCUGGAGUACAAGGACUGCGGAAUACUCCACUGCAGGCCAGCCUUCAUCCAGAGAUUUGCUGGAAUAAAAGUAUUUGUAUUUCUGCUGUCAUUCCUCGUGACUGUCCAGCAAGCCCUCAGCUCGGGCUACAUAAACUCAGUGAUAACGACUAUUGAGAAGAGAUUUGAAAUUCCAUCCAGCUUGUCGGGACUCAUAGCCAGCUCCUACGAGAUUGGAAAUGUCACGACUGUUAUUUUUGUGAGCUAUCUGGGGAGCAGGAGGCACAUUCCAGUGUGGAUCGCCAUUGGGGCUGCCAUUAUGGGCCUGGGCUCCAUGAUAUUCAUGAUUCCUCAUUUCACUGCUGAGCAAAAUUUAACGACUACACUCAACAACUCGAGCUCUGACAACAUCUGUCGUGUUGUCUCGAUCAGGGAACAGGACAUGGGACUGGGGAGGCUGUCCUCUGGGCUGUCAGCACCUCCACUGGCUCCGCACAAUAAUCUCAGGGGGGACAACUGCAUUCAGGGGUCACCAUCAACCACUGGACCGGUGAUGCUGUUUGUUCUGGCACAGCUGCUCCUUGGGUGUGGGGGAUCUCCUCUGUUCACCCUUGGCACCACUUAUAUUGAUGAUCAUGUCAGGCCUGAGAGUGCUUCGUUGUACAUUGGCUGCAUGUACAGCAUGGCUGCUUUUGGACCUGUGCUGGGGUUCCUUCUGGGGGCUUAUCUGCUGUCCUUUCAUAUGGACUCGUUGUCGUCGACCAUCAUCAGCAUUGGUCCUGGGGAUCACAGGUGGGUGGGCAUGUGGUGGGGGGGAUUUCUCCUCUGUGGACUGCUGCUGAUUCUCGUGGCCAUUCCCUUCUUCAGCUUUCCCAAGACUCUGCUCAGGGAGAAGGAGAAGAUUAAGAUUGAGGUGGAGAAGAGCAAACAGGGGGGAAUGGAGAAGGAGAGGUGCAAGGAGAUCGAGAGGGGCAAGGAUGACAGCGGAUAUGGGAAGGAUGUUAAGGACAUACCACGAAGCAUGUGGAGGCUCGUCUGCAAUCCAGUAUACGUGAUAACAUGCCUGGGUGCCUGCAUGGAGCUAGUAAUAGUCUCUGGUUUCGUCGUAUUCUUGCCUAAAUAUCUCGAGACUCAGUUCAGCUUAGGAAAGAGUCAAGCCAGUAUAUUCACUGGAUCGAUAGCAAUGCCUGGUGCUUGCAUUGGAAUAUUUUUCGGCGGUUGUUUACUGAAACGACUGGAGCUGAGGCCAAAGGGAGCUGUCCAGUUUGUUCUCGUGUCGAAUGUCGUAUGCUUGAUGUGCUACAUUCUACUCUUCUUCCUCGGUUGUGACAAUGUCAGAAUGGCUGGCACCACGAUACCCUAUUUCAACAGCAGUACGAAAGCUGCUGAACCAUUUCAAGUUAAUCUCACUGCUUCGUGCAAUUUUGGGUGUGAGUGCCGAAUGAACGACGUCGAACCAGUCUGUGGGAAUAAUGGCCUCACGUAUUUCAGCCCUUGUCAUGCUGGGUGCACUGCCUUUAGCUCGAAAUCAAAUUUCACAAAUUGCGCAUGUAUUCAUGGAAAUUUGACAAUGCUGUCUCCAGCAGCCAAUGAAUUUGCUGAAGUAACAGCAAUACCAGUUGCAACAGCUGGACCGUGCACCUCACCAUGCAAGACAAUCUUCCCUUUUCUUAUUCUCCUAUUCUUCAUGACUUUUGUCGUUGCUGUUACUCAAAUGCCACUGCUCAUGAUAGUACUUCGAUCAGUCUCCGAGGAAGAGAGAUCGUUCGCCCUUGGAAUGCAGUUCGUAAUUUUCCGGCUGUUCGGUUACAUUCCUGCUCCAAUACUCUUCGGAAAUUUGAUAGACUCCACCUGCCUCCUCUGGAAGAGUACCUGCGGUGAAAAGGGUGGUCGAUGCUUGCUGUACGACAUUGAGCAAUUCAGGUACAGAUAUGUUGGACUUUGUGCAGGCAUGAAAAUUCUCGCUCUAGCCCUAUUCCUCCUUGACUGGUGGCUCAUAAGGAGAAGAAGACAAAUGGAGGACAUGCCAGCAGCACUGACUGUCAAUGAUCUCAUUGGAUCAAUAAUAAGUCUCGAUAAACUCUUCGAGGAAAAACCUAGCAAUCAAAAUAAUCCAGAUAACGAUCAGGUGACGUGUAAUUCCCCUAGCAAUACUCAAUCGUCAAUUUCAUCGCCAACUGAACCAACAAAAUCAACAAAUAUUGAGGAAUCCGAGUCAGCACAGCUGACCCAAGGCUCUGUGGAUUCAACGUCUCAUCCAAAAUUAUUACCAGAUUACUCGGACACUAAUAAUCAUCAUGUUUAAUGAUAGUUUUAGGUAUAGGAAUGAAAAUACUAGGGGGGAACUUUUUAAUAGACGAAUUUAUGGAAAUUUAUUAUGACAGCAUUUAUUGGGGACUCUGGGGAUGUUUACAUCGGUUUUUCAAGGAUAUUCAAGUAUUAUUCACAAGCUUUCAGGCUUUUGGGGGAUUUUUAAUCGGAAAAUUUUGGAAUUUAAGUCCACGAUAAUUAUUUGAAAAAUUUUAAUGGAGACAUUUUGCAGAAAAUUAAUCAUGUUAAACAUUUGUUUCUAAAUAAAUAAUGAAGAUGUUCGUAAGAAACUAAUUUUUAAGAUAAUCUCGACGAAAAAAUUCGAAACAACUUAAAUGUUAAAUUGUUUAUUUCGUUGGGGAUUUUUAAUUAUGAAAUUUUCGAGUUGAACUGCACGAGAAUAAUCUUUAAAGAAUUAAUGGAGAUAUUUUGCAGAAAAUUGAUCAUUUUAAACAUUUAUUUUUAAAAAAAUAAUGGAAAUGUUCAUAAAAAACUGUUUGAGAUUAUCUCAAUGCAAAAA